AUGGCCUCCAAGGAUCUGUCCCUGAAGGAGCUGUACGCAGCUCAAUCCGCCUCCAGGGGUCUCAUCAGCCGAGCAGUGGACAACUUCACUAAGCUGGGAAAGGCGCAGCGAACCACAACCGUCACCAGCAGCAGGCUCAGCAACCUACGGGGAUACUGGGAGAAGUUCGUCCAGCAGCACAUGCAGAUCCUCGCGCUGGCAGACAAGGAAGCAACUGCAAAGGAUGAGUACUUUGUCAAAGAUUUAUUUGUCGAAACAUCUUGUAUAUUUGAAGAAGCGUGCGAUUAUUUUAACGAAUACCUCGCGAAAUUAAAGCCUCCGCCGGUCGCGCAGUCGUCGUUUGACGAAAGUCACGUUGCUAAUUCGCAAAACGUCGUGAACUCAAUUAAAUUACCGCAAAUUACAAUGCCGACCUUCUCAGGAGACUUUCAUGAGUGGGAGAAUUAUCGUGACUUAUUUCUGGCAUUGGUAGAUCAGAACGUUGCACUAACAGGGGUACAGAGACUUCAUUAUCUAAAAUCCAGUCUUUCGGGCGAAGCCGCCUUAACUCUAAAGAAUAUCGCGGUAACAGAGUCAAAUUACACCACAGCAUGGGAACUCCUGAGAAAAAGGGGCAUGGUACAGCAAAAUGCCUCUCAAAGUCAGCCUGCGUCGCCUGUCACGGCAAACACCACACGUUGGUGCACUUUAAAAACGUCGACUCCAAUGUCAGCAGCGGUCGAGCUGCUGAAACACAGCAGAAGGCAGCAGAGACUGAUUUACCCUCCACUUCUCAGCAGGAUGAGAAGGAGCAAUCAUCCACGUGCCAUGUAG